AAACAUAUCCAUCUCCUCACUUUACACCCACCAUCAUUUUGUAAUUUUGUCACCUCUAGUUGAUUUUAAAAGCACUUCUGGGAGAAAAGUGCUUCCUGUGGUUACAGCACAUUAAACUUCAGAAAUAAUGGGAAACAGUUUGGGGGGGAAGAAGACAACAAAGGUGAUGAAAAUAAGCGGCGAAACGUUCAAGUUGAAGACGCCUGUAAAAGCCGAAGAGGUGGUGAAGAAAUAUCCUGGAUUCGUGUUGUUGGAAUCGGAAGCUGUGAAGCACUUCGGAAUUCGGGCGAAGCCGUUGCAGCCGCAGCAGGAUUUGGAGCCGAAACGGCUUUAUUUUUUGGUGGAGCUACCGAAUGCUCCAGCGGAGAAAGUUCCGAGGAGGGUCCGGUCGGGGAUUCAAAUGAGCGCGAAAGACAGGCUCGAGAGCUUGAUGUUGUCGAGGAGAUCGGUGUCGGAUCUCACCAUCAUGAAGAAAGUGAGCGGUUUGGGCGAGGAGAGUUCGGAGAAAAAUGGUGGAAGUAAUAAUGGAAUGAGGGUGAAAAUGAAACUUCCUAAAGCUGAAGUGGAGAAAUUGAUGAAAGAAAGCAGGAAUGAGAGCGAGGUGGCGGAGAAAAUUAUGGAACUUUGCAUGGCGAAUAAUGGUACAAGGAAUAGUGAUGGUGAUGAUGAUUCGGGUAAAAUUGCCGGGAAGAAGAAUGAGAAUGAUGGGGUGUUGCAGGGACAAAUGCUUUGGAAGAACAGCCAUGGACAUGGACGAGUUCGAGAAGGAUUCAAGGCACGUGAGAAACGUGUGAGCUUCAUGCCAGUCAAUGAAGGGGGAAACCAAAUAGCAGUUGCUUCUUGACAAGCUGAAAUUAAAAUAAAAAAUUCUAAAUAAAUUAAAAGAAAUAUAGCAGAAAAAUUAUGUUUGUGGGUUCUUCUCUAAUCUCAAUUUCAGCCUGCAGAAAAAUUUAAUGUUGUGUCUUCUUAUUUUCAUAAUUAAUGUACAUAGAACAAGUUAAAUGAAGCUCUAUAGCUAGCUUAAUUUGUAAUGUAAUGUUUGAGGAAAUUUUGUAAGAGCUGAGACUUGGAGAUGUAACCUACCUCAAGAUUUUGUUAUGAUAUUAUAUAUUUUUAUUUUACUUUGCUA